AUGACCUCCGUACUUCGCAGCAGCAGACUAUCCCUACGCGCGAGUUACACCCCCUCCUUCAUCCGACCAGCAUCUCGUCUCUCGCCCAGCUCCAUCCGGCUCUGGCGCGGCUACGCUCAUAGUUCUUAUGGUGGCGACGGCGAGACCAAUGCUGAACAGCCCAACAACCCCCGCAACGAGCCUACACGAGACCUCGAGCACCCUGGCCCCCCAGCUCCAGACGUUGGUGCUUCUUCGAAAAAGUCUCAGCAGUCUAGCAGCAGCAGCAGCAGCAGCAGCAGCAGCGACAACAAGAGCAGCAUGGGCGGUCUUGGCAACAGCAGCAGCAACACCAAGCCAUCCAACAAGGCCAAACCGACCAUCACAGACGGCGAGAACUCGCCGAAUGCAGAGCUAGACGGCACCGUGAAGGAGAAUGUAUCGGAGGAUGUGAAGCAGCAUAACAAGGAAAUGGAUCAACGGUACGAUCACUCGUACAAUCAAGUGGAGAAAUAG